CUGUGAAAGAUGGUGCACUGCAUAUCAACAAUGUACAAAGGUCUCAUGUUGGAUCAUACAUGUGUACGGCACAUACUGGUUAUGGAAUUCUUAAGGCCGUCGGCAGAUUGCGAAUAAAAGAACCACCGGUAAUUACUAAGAGACCUUCCUCUCAGGUCGCUGCAGAUGAAGGAUCCACUUUAAGGUUUUGUUGUGAAGCUUCAGGUUCUCCUCCACCCAAGGUGCAGUGGUCACGGGCUCAACACUCUUCUGAUUCAACGCUGGCUUUUCAGCAAAAAGGAUGCCUUGAAAUUAACCGGGUCAAGUACAACAGUAACGGAGAUUACAUUUGCCAAGCCAGAAAUCGCUUUGGACUAGCGGAAACAACAACUACACUGAUUGUGAAUACAAAAGUGAACUCUUGCGAAGAGGUGAUUACAAAGUACUCGGCAAAAACUUCUGGAAGAUACGAACUGACAACAACGUCCAUCAGAUAUAUUGUGUACUGUGAUAUUACAGUUGAUGGCAAAGGCUGGACACUUACUGCUCGAUUCUCAAACAACGACGAGAAGAACUGGAUGCGUGACGACGGAUUCUGGUGGUAUGACCACCAAUUACCCACAGGAACAACAACAGAUCCAUCCAUUAACUCUGACAUGAUUUCACCAGCCUUUUGGUUGGUCGGCGGCAAAGAGUUUAAGAUCACGCGCAGUGAUGACCCCAGUCACACUCCUUUGUUACAAACCACAGGUAACUGUUUGGCUGGACAAACAUUCCGAUCAAAAAUCAUAAGUUAUGGCGACUUUAGAGAAGGCAAAGUUUGGGCCAGUGACCAGUGCCUGGGAAGCUGCACGGUUCAAUAUGGCAGUCAGUACAAGUCAACAGACGGGUUUCAACAGGCUGAGUGCAGUGGAAACAUCCAAAGCGCCAACAACAUCGGCUUCUGGUGUGACUGGACUAGUGGUGAUGGAUCAGUGAUGAUGAUUGGUGGAGGAGGAAGUUCUUGUUGGCGUGCUGAUCACGGGAUUGGAAUAACAGAAAAAAACUCUGCUUCUUUUGUUGAAGGAGACGGCCAAACUGAAUAUGACUUUGGUUAUGAUGCUGAAACAGGAAAUCCUCCAUCCCAGUCCUACUCUUUAAAUCUGUGGAUUCGUUAAGUAGGACUAAUUGCAAGCUACAUCUUCAAGAAAGUUACGUUUCAGAUUAAUGUUGAGCUCUAAAUUUGUUUUCAUAAGAUAAAUGUUCAUACAAGUGCUCAUCAACAACUUUGCUAAGGAUUUGACAAAAUUAAUUCAGUUUAACUCAUUUUGGUUAACAUUUCUUUUUCAUAAGAACGCAUCAGACACUAGGUAUGAAAAACGAUUUUAUCUGAAAUAAAUUUCUGGCCAGAUUUCUACUCUAUACAUUAAAAUAUUAUCAAUAACAGAGGGACGGCCAUAAAGUUUAAUAACUAAGCUUGCCUAGCAAGGGAUUCUUUAUUCCCUGGGAUAAACGAAAUGCAAGCAACUCAAUAAAAGAAAAUAACUUAAAAAAAAAAGAAAGAAAGAAAAAAAAAAGACUCAAUUAACUUACGUUAUUGAACAGCUUUACUUUCUCAAUGUAAAUAUAAAUAUUACAACAUUAUUAGUUAGUUAAUAUAGGUUGUUUUAGAUGAGGUAACCGUUAUAGUCUUGUUUAAAUGAGACUGGAGGGUAAAUGAGCUGUUAGGUUUUCGAGUUAAACCACAGUUUAGUUAUGUCUAAUAGUAGUACAGGAGGAAUGAAGGAAGAAUUUGCAGGUGACAGUUUGGUUUAAGGGAGAACAGAUGAAAAAUUAUCUAUGCUGUAGGACAAAAAAAAUAAAUGGAUAAAAAAGCAAAAUCCAUGCGGUGCUUGGGGUUUCUGGUUUUAGGGUGUUAUGUAAGGGUAAUACAUAAGUGACGCGGUUUCCUAGAUUUUGGGUUUAAAUGAUGGUGAUUUAGUGAUUGUUCAGUUCUGCUGUUGAUUAAGUAGUGACAAAUAUUUUGAUAAUUUUUAUAUAAGACCUGUAUCUUUGUGUGUGAUAUAAUUAAUGCCAUCAACUUCAGCUCAUUUAUAAAGACGAUCACAAAGACGAGAAAAUUUAUAUUUCAGCAACGCUUGUAUGACUUAGACGUUAGAAGAAAGAAAAUUUAGUCGGAAAAUUAAAGCGAACAGGGGACUGUAAAGUAGAACACUGCUAUUAUUAAACAGUUGUUAAAGUUAUUUGAGUUGAAGCUAUUUGGGUUAUAAUAACGAGAAGGGCAGCUCUGAAAUCUCUGCCGCGUCGGUCGAGUCACAAUCGUAUAACCACGGCGUGCGCUAUUAGUA